CUACCGCCGUCCUUCCAGAAGAAAGAAAAGAGCCGUGUUAACUCGGGUGUUCGAUAACCUCUCACAUCGAGACGCGUGUCAUUUCCAAAAGGGUCAUGGCUGACGAUUUUGAAAUUGAGGCAAUGCUGGAGGCUCCAUUUAGAAAGGAUGAAAUCAAAUCCUCUCAUGCAAAUGGACAUGAAGCUCACAGCAAGAAGAAAAGAAGGAGCCGGAGCAGAAGUCCAGGGGCUUCUAAAAAAAGGAGCAGGAGUCGGGAUCGAAAGAAGAACAAGAAGAGAAGCAAGAGCAGAGAGCGGAAGCGAAAUGCCAGCCGGGAGCGUCACCCCCGCUCCCGCAGCAGGGAUCGCCCCGGCCGCUACAGAGCUCGCAAGAGUCCCAUACGGAAACGUUCCAAAACUCGUAGCCCUGUUAAAAGAGAAAAGAGUCCAAUCAGACAACCCAUCGACAACCUCACGCCAGAGGAGAGAGACGCGCGCACCGUCUUCUGCAUGCAGCUGGCUGCACGCAUCCGGGCCCGUGACCUGGAGGACUUCUUCUCUGCCGUGGGGAAGGUGAGAGAUGUGAGGAUGAUAUCAGACAGGAACUCCAGAAGAUCAAAGGGGAUUGCCUACAUUGAGUUCCUGGAGGCCAGUUCUGUGCCUCUGGCGAUUGGUUUGACUGGACAGAGACUUCUGGGAGUGCCCAUCAUUGUCCAGGCCUCGCAGGCAGAGAAAAACAGAGCAGCCGCCAUGGCAAACAACCUGCAGAAGGGCAGCGCUGGCCCAAUGCGGCUCUACGUCGGCUCCCUGCACUUCAACAUCACAGAGGACAUGCUGCGGGGAAUAUUCGAGCCUUUUGGCAGGAUUGAAGGCAUACAGCUCAUGAUGGACAGUGAAACUGGUCGAUCCAAAGGAUACGGCUUCAUAUCAUUUGCAGACGCAGAAUGUGCGAAAAAGGCCCUAGAGCAGCUAAAUGGCUUUGAGCUGGCCGGGCGGCCGAUGAAAGUAGGCCACGUGACGGAGCGGACGGACGCAUCCACCGCCAGCUCUUUUCUGGACAACGACGAGUUGGAGAGGACUGGCAUCGACCUGGGCACCACAGGCCGGCUGCAGCUUAUGGCCAGAUUAGCAGAAGGUACUGGUCUGAAGAUCCCUGCGGCUGCACAGCAGGCCCUGCAGAUGACUGGUUCCAUUCCCUUUGGAAACAUGAAUGCCUCAUCAUCUGCUGCAACUCCAGCACAGGCGUUAAACCUCCCAUCACAGCCUCUGGCAACACACUGUCUGCAGUUGUCAAACAUGUUCAACCCCCAGGCGGAAAAUGACCCCGGCUGGGACACUGAGAUCAAAGAUGAUGUCAUUGAGGAAUGCAACAAACAUGGCGGAAUAGUUCACACAUACGUCGAUAAGAACUCUGCUCAAGGAAAUGUCUACGUAAAAUGCCCUUCCAUACCUGCAGCGAUGGCCACUGUUAAUGCCCUUCAUGGACGAUGGUUUGCUGGUAAAAUGAUCACUGCAUCAUACGUCCCGUUACCAACAUAUCAUAACCUUUUCCCUGAUUCAGUAAUGGCAAAUCAACUACUGGUGCCAACACGCAGAUAGGUCUGAAGAACUUGUUAAACACAGAAUGUAUAUACAGAAGUUUUUUUUUUUUUUUUUGCA